UGUUGCAUUGAUUGCAUGAAACUCUGUCAUCUGAUUGUCAAAAAUAGUCAUAUUUAAUUCUUAUUAAGCUUGGAAACCAACCAUGUUGUCUACAGGGUGUAACUAUAGUAAAUUGAAAACCAAUUUAAGACUUGCUAUUAACCGAUUGAAACUGUUAGAAAGGAAGAAAACUGAAUUGGCUCAAAAAUCGAGAAGAGAAAUCGCCGACUAUCUUGCUAAUGGUAAAAUUGAAAGAGCGAAAAUUCGAGUUGAACAUAUUAUUAGAGAAGACUACUUAGUAGAAGCUAUGGAAGUAGUUGAAAUGUACUGCGAUUUAAUGCUUGCUCGAUUUGGUUUGAUUCAACAAAUGAAGACACUUGAUGAUGGUUUAGCAGAAGCUAUAUCAAGUUUGAUAUGGGCAGCACCACGUUUGCAAACUGAUAUAGCUGAAUUGAAAAUUAUUGCAGAUCAGUUAGCUGUUAAAUAUGGAAAACCGUAUGCUCUUGCAGCCAGAGAAAACAGUUUAAAUUCUGUAAAUGAAAAGUUGGUGCACAAGCUCAGUGUUCAAGCACCACCAAAAAUUUUGGUUGAAAAAUACUUAAUUGAAAUCGCAAAAAGCCAUAAUGUUGCUUAUGAGCCUGAUGAAGAGGCAUUGUUGGAGGAAGAACCUGCUCAUGAAGCUAUUUCUAAUGUUCCACUCAUUGAGCUUGGUGAUGAUACUAAGCCGCCAGAACCUGGUUUUGUUACUGGCAUGGCUUCAAAAGAUAAAUCUAUGUACCCAGGUAUUCAAUACCCACAGCCAGAUUUACCGAAGCCUUUCAACUAUCCAUCACCCCAAGUCUGUCCUAAUGCACCACCUGUUCCCAGUGUGCCUCCAAGUGUUCCAUACCCAGAAAGUGGUGCUAAUCCUGAUGCAAUUGGUUUUUCAAUUGAUAUGCCUGCACCAUCAUAUGAGAGUGUUUUUGGUGAGAAGCCGCUUCAGGCAGCUUCAAAGCACCAGCUUCUGGAAGUUUCAAUGCACCUGGGUCCAACUCCUGCCCCAAGAACAAAAUUUCCUGUAGAUACGCUGCCUGAAUUGCCGUCAGUUCCAAAUACUGUUUUAUCAGAUGUAGGAGACCCAGCUAGUGGUGAUAAAGAUGUCGAUUUUGAUGAUUUAGCUAAGCGCUUUGAAGAACUUAAAAAAAGAAAAUAAGUUCAUUUACAUAUAUAUUAUAUGCAUAUGAAUAUAUGCUUUGCCAUUCAUUGAUUUGGCAAUUAGUUUAAAUGAUUGAUAAUUGCUGAGCUUCAUGUAUAAACAUUCUGUUAUUUUUCUUAUAAUGUAAAUUUUGAGAAACUAUUCUUCGUUAAAUAAAAAAUAUAUCAUUACAGAUAUAUGUAUUUAAUUAAGUCAUUUUAACAAUAAUACUUUUUCUAGAUCUUAGGUAAAAAUUCAUAUCUUCAAUUAGUCAUUGAAAGAAUAUUUGUUAAUUUGACUUUAUUGAAUUUAAUUCCACAUUGUGAAUUUCGUUGCCUCAGAGCAACAGUAGGAUAUCUUAGUGUUAUUCUUGGGAUUAGAUGUCUUAGUGUUGCUCUAAAGUGACAAUUUGCUGUUGAUUUCCACACUACUUUCAUGUUUCUAGAAAAAAUUUCACAUUUAGGUCUUGCAAUUGCAUCCCUUUUUUUUUUUUCAUUUUCAUCUGUAUUUCCUUUGAAAAGUAGAUUCAGUUUAUAAUUUUCCCUUUCAUCUUAAUGCAUUCAGACUUUAUUAUCAGCGAUUUGCUGUUUUUAACCUUAAAGCAAAAAUUUUAACAUUUUGUAUACAAAAUAGAUCAUUUUGUUAGAAAUAUGGACCAAAUUACCAAUCUAUCUAUUGUUGGGAGAUAUUGUCACUAUGAUUCUUGAUAACAUUCGGGAAAAUAAAUGUAUCAUCACUUAUUGGGGGGAAAGGAUUUCCAUUUGAGUGGUGGAAAGAAUCACAGAAAAUUAAAAUUUUAAACUUAGUGCAUUAAAACAACUACUCUUUUUACCUAGUUUUAUUUUAUUAAUAUUUAAGGAACUUGAAAAUUUUUGGGUUUUUUUCAAAUAUACUGCUCUGUUCAUUAGUCAGAUUGAAUUUCGCCAAUUUGCAAGUUCUUUUCAGUUGGAUAAUUUAGUAUAUUUUAAAGUAUUUUCUUUAUCUGGUUUUUAAUGCAAUUAUUUUAGCAGCAGUAGCUGCUGUGAAAUAAUCUUUUUAUAAAGAUGGUUCAAUUGUUCUUUAUGUGUACUUACUGUUGUUUUCUCAAAGCUUCUUUUAAUUUUUUAUUUUGGAUUUUAAGUGCAUGUUUAGUACCUAAUUGCAUUCUUGCUUUUUAUGGUUGUGUUUGAAAAACAAAAAAUUAAAGCUUUUUAAUAUACCUCUUGUAGAAUUUCAUUAAGCAAAUAACUCUAUUUUGCAUGAUAUAUGUAUUAUGUCAAUUAGUAUGUGUAUUAAUGUUAAGUUCUGAUACAUAUCAAGUAUAUUUAUUUUGGCUGUGUAUUAGGAAUUAUGGUUUUUUUUAUUGUUUUUUUUUUCUGCUAGAACAUGUUGAAGCUUUUUUUCAAGCAUGUGAACCUAAAUUUCAGCUUGUAAAUUUUCAAUUAUGAUAAUAAAAUUCAAACAAGGGUUCAUCAUUCUAACUCAUCUGUGUGUGGGUUUUUUUUUUUUUUUAAAUGCUAAAACUAUACCUAAAAUAACCUUUAGUAGUGUAGUUAAAAUCAAUGCCUCAGUUUUAACUGUUUCGUGUGGUUAUGAGAUGGAUAGAGUGAUAGAUACAGCUAUUCAAUAGGAUUUUUUAUUUGGGCCAAAUUAAGGGUUUAAAGCAGUUUUUGUUGAAAUGAAGUUAUGUUUACUCAAAAGUAAUUUGGUGGUUUAUUAAACCUUAUGGGUCAAAUCUUUAUUUCAGUUAGAUGCUUUUAUGUAUUGGAUUUUAGCUUGUUAUUUGUCAUAAAACAAUAGUAAAAUGUACGUAAACCAUCAUUGAAAAUUUCAGAACUUUUGAUUUGAUUUAUAACAUGCAUUUUUUCAACCUUUGCUUAACCUCUUAAUGGUGCUUCGAAAUAUAAUUAGAAAUGGUCAGCUUAAACCUACACUCAGUCACAAAAAAAAUGAGAUUUAAAAGAGAUACUGAUGACAAAAAAUAGGUAUCUAACAAAAACUUGAACUAUGUAUAAAAAUAGGCUUGAUCAUUGUUAAAUGCAAUUAAAUAAUGACUCUGAUCUGUCUAUCAAUAACAGGCUUGUAGUCAAUUACGAGGGAAUGUAAUCGAUUACGAUUAUGAUUACGGGAACAAUAAAAGGGGAAUUACGAUUACGAUUAUAAUCCCUCUGGCAAAACGUAAUAACGAUUACAGCAACUAUCCGAUUAUGUAGAAAAUGUAAUCGAUUACGAUUAUAAUAUGCCGAUUAUGAUUUUAAUUACGAUUAAAGACUUAUAUUAUAAUGUAUAUAUAUCACUCAUUUGCAUCAACAACGUGAUAGUUGAAAAUUAUGAUUUUUGAUUUGAUAUUAAAGAGAUAAUUGCAACUACCGUGUAGUAUUAACUUAAAGAUUAUUUAUUUUGUAUUAUUGCGCUGUUGCAGGGAAAGAGCAAUAUAUUAAAGAUAAAAAAAAACUCUAGAAAAUUCAAAUUGCGUACAUUACACAAUGCUACAAUGACUGUACAGGUAUAGGCCCACUCUUAUUCAAAUGGAUACACAGUGCAUAUUGUUUUUGACUCGGCUGUUCAUUAUUAUUUUGCCAUUGCAGUAGUUCUGCCUUAGUCCUGGCUUAAGGGCAAUGACUUACUGCUAAACUGCUCAACAUUUUAUAGCUUAUUAUUUCUGAAAAUUGUAUGGUAUAUUUCAGCAUUGUAUUCUCAAUUAUUAAGUAUAUUAUCAGUUAAUUUAAUGCGCAGCUAUUUAAAAUAAAAAAAAAGAACCUUGUAUGGGUCUUUAUGCAGUAAAACUGCAAUGUAAUAAAAUACGCAGAAAGUGUAACUAAAAAAUACGGAACUAAACAAUUGAAAAUUAGAAAAAAUUAAUUAAAUGCAUUUAAGUGUAAUUAAUACUUCAAAGAUGUCUGUUUUUUUUUCUCUCUCUCUCUCUCUCUCUCUCUCUCUCAUUCUUUGAGAAGUGAAAAAAUUUCCAGCAAUGCUAAACAAUCGUUGAACUGGAGCAGAUGACGCAGAGGUGAAAAAAUACUUGGGUAGUAUUAUUUUUAGCAAAAGGAUACUUAUGAGUGUUAGAUCCCUACAAUUCUUUUAAGGAUCAAUUUUAUGAUCAUUUGAUAAGCUAUUUGCAUACGCUUUGAUUUCAUUUUUGAAUCACUCAUGUACUAUAUAAAUUGCACUUUUACAAGCGCUAAAAGGUUUUAACUUAACACUCAUAAAAAAUAAGAUUGGACAUAACAUGUUUUGCUAUGAUUUCCACUUUUUUGUCUUACAGCUUUUUUUUUUUUUUUGGUACAGAUGUGAUAUACCCCCCCAUUUGGCGACAUUCGAUUUUUUUGCACAAAAUUAAAAUAUUUUUCUUGCCAAUGAGGCAAUAAUUUUUUAUGCAUGGCAUCCGUGGCCAAACUAACCUGUGUUUAGCAACCCGAAGGCAAUCUUACAGAUCUGUUCAAACUUGUUUACUUGGGUUGUUUGGGUUUCGCGCAGGAGAGAUACGUGGUGUUGUUUCGUGCAAUAUACCUUACAGGAAUGCUUAUUUUGUGUUAGUUUAAAUUCAGUAAUUGUGUUUUGAAUUAAAAACUUUAGAAAAUGCCAGUUUCUUCAAACUUGAAGGUUAAUUAAAAGUUAACUCCAACGUGGUGUGUAUCUGUAACGUGCCAUUGUCAUAUGAUGUAUUGUUUUAGACUGAGUGUGAAUAUUUAUACCAUAUAAAAAGGUAAGUUCUUUAUUUUAGAAUUCAAAAAAAACCUCUCACUUCCAAAAUUCUUUGUUUUUACAAAUCCUUGAGGGGUUCUUGUAGUUUUUAACUUUAUUUUUACUGUAUGUAAAUUAAUUUUACAGAAAUAGUACGGUUAUUUUG